UGCACGAGACAAUAAUAAUAUUAUACGCUCGCCGCCUGUAGACGMACCACAUACGUUUUCGCUCUCCGACCGAGUGGGCCCGCUAACACGUGCAGUGCGCGAUGAUUUCAAUGGAAAAGAUACCGUUGGGAUGCGAGGCAUUUUUAUCGGAUUUGGAUAAAUUGCCGUGCUUACAAAUUGGAGACUUCAAGCUCCGUUUGGAACUCGAUGACGACUUGUCACCAGAGUUAUUGGAAGUGGCUGUCAAAGAACUGAGAGAAACGCCCGAACAGCAAGAAAAAUCGAUCGCUGAGCUGAAAGAAUUACUUGAAAAAUUGUUUAAUAUAUUUGAAGAUCACAUUUAUGAAUACUUGAGUUUGUUCACUCGGAGUUUACUAAACAGUAAAUCAAGUAGUUUUCCGGUGGUUUUUAUUAUUUUAAAUUUGUAUAAAUUGAUCGCUGAUCGCAAAAUAUUCUUAAUAAAAAUGAUUCACUGGUCAGAUUUACAAAAACAAAAUAAAAAGGGACCAUUACGCGUACGUAGUGUGACAAUUUUUUUAUUGACGUGCACCUAUUUGUUUGGUUUUCCAGAGAAAUGGAAGCACAAGAAGUGCUCGUUGGACGAAGUGUACAAGGGCGCUGUGAUAUUCCUCGAAGCRGCCAUAAUGGAACCAGCCACCCAAAUAGCCGGAGCCCAAGUAAUUUUCGACAUGGACGGUUUGUCGUUGCAACAGACUUGGCAGUUUAGCCCACCGUUCGCCAAGCGGAUUGUUGACUGGCUUCAAGACAGUGUUCCUGCGAGGAUCAAAGGAAUCCACAUCGUCAACCAACCGAUUCUGUUUAACGUCGUCUUCAACUUCUUCAAACCAUUCCUGAGGGAAAAACUGCGGUCGAGGAUCAUCUUCCACGGUACCGACCGAGUGUCUUUGCACAAACACCUAUACCAACCAUGUUUACCGGAAUGCUACGGUGGCACGUUGGACGUACCUCGUAUUACUGGACCUCAAUGGCAUGAACUACUGGUGACAGUUGAAAAAGAAUUUAACGUUUUAAACAAUUACGGUUAUGGAAAAUGAUUCCAGCCAACGACGUCCAACAAUAUUAUUGAAGUAAAAUUGAAGCUUUCCACGCGUCUUUGAUAAUUUAAAAAACAAAAAAAAAUAUUUUAUUAUUUUGGUGUCUGUCUAUAAUUUAUAUGGAAC